UUUCUAAAUACUAAGAUUAAGAUGGCAGCCACCAUCUUUCAAGAAAAAAUGGGUCUACUUGUUUGUUUUAUUUUGCUCAGCACAGCAUUAGCUGAAGAAUGCAAAAUUGGAAAAUAUAAUAUUACAGAGUUGCAUAGGUUUGCUCCUUGGUAUACCAUUAAUGAAAACACGAAUGCCACUUUUGAAAUUACAUUGUGCGGGAAGCUAGCAACAGUGGCUUCCCAAAAAGGCUGCCCUCCUGAAACAUCAGUGUGUGCAAAGUACCCAAAUAACACAUUUGUAAGCUAUGGAAACUACAGCGCAAACCAAGACCUUCAUGAGCCAGAUGAAGGAACAAACGGGGAGAUAUUGAUGUUGUUUAAGGGACAGCCUUGUCAAGUGGCUGGAGAAUUCUACUCAAUAAUAUUAUAUUUCAAAUGUGGUAAAACUUUGGGUUAUCCUAAAUACAUGGGAGAUUUCGACUGCUCAGCACACUUUGAAUGGGAGUCCUAUAUUUUCUGUAAAACUAUGCCAGUCCCUGACCAAGAGGUCCCUUGUGCAGUAGUUAACAAGGGGAGCCUGAUUGACCUUUCACCUCUGAUAAAACUUACUGGUGGCCAUUUAGUGGAUGAUGGCGACAGGUUUAAACCGGAUGAAAAGUUAUUUAUAAAUGUGUGCAGAGAUAUUACUCCAGGCACAGAACCAGGAGAUGUAACAAAAAACUGCAGCAAAGGUAGUUCCUCUUGUGUUGUUUCCACACAAGGGAGAAGAGAUUUCGGCAAGCCAACUGGUCGGCUGCAGUCAUUCAGCAACUACGUGGCAUUAGUGUACAGGUCGCCAUUAACCCCAGAAUGCUACAUAGAACCAGAAACAGUAAUCACAUUCCGAUGUCCACAGAGAGGAGGGAGCAAAAAACCAACGGUGACCAGCUAUUUUAACAGCACGUGUAGUUUAAUGAUAGAGUGGGUCACAGAGUAUGCAUGUCCAGUGGAUUAUAUAACAAGCAAAGACUGCAAGCUGACAGAAGAACAGCAUGACAUUAACAUUGACCUGAGCCCACUUAAAGCUUCACAAGCCAAUCCUUAUACUGUGAAUGUACAAGAGGGUGAUGACAGCUACAUAUAUAACAUCAACGUGUGUGCACCACUGGCUGGAGAGUGUGGCAGCUCAUUAGAAGAUACAGCCUUAGUUUGCCAGAGAAAAAGUGAAGAUGACUUUGCAGCAAGUGUUGGACAAUUUGGACAUACAAAGCUGAUGUAUUCUGAUGGAGAUCUGACUAUGAUAAUUAAAAAUGGAGACCGGUGCCGCUCCAACUUCAGAAGAGAGACCAUCAUAGACUUCUACUGCAACAAAACAGCAGCUAACAAUGGGCUUGGCAAACCAGAAUUCAUCCGCCACUCCAACUGUUCCUACUUCUUCAGCUGGGGCACUAGUCUGGCCUGUCUGGAUGACACGUUUGACAGGACUUGCUCAGUGGAGUACCAGGGGAAAAAGUUUGACCUGUCCUACUUUGAACAUCAAGAUGGCUACAGCUACCCUGUGAUGACCAGUGAUGGGGCAGGGGACUUGUACUUCUUGAACCUGUGCCAUGACAUUGUGGGCAAGGGAGACUCUAGUGGAUGCCCUGCUGGAUCAGCUGUUUGUAGGAAAGGAGCCUCUGGAACCUUCGUCAGCCUGGGUAGUUUUAAACAAAGCCUCCAGUACAACCCAGUGAGCGACUCCCUACAGCUGAACUACACAGGGGGCAGCGCUGGGGAUAGCUGUGAGCGCCACACCCUGGUCAGCCUGUACUGUGCCACCAAGGACUAUUUCCACACAGGUAAGGCUGAGACCUCACCCAGACUGGUGCACAAGUCAGCAGACGAUUGCUUCUUUGAGAUUGAGUGGUACACUUUACAGGCGUGUGAGAAGAUACACAAAGAGGGAGACCUUUGUCGGGUCCCGUACGAUAGUGCAGGUCAUUUUUUUGACCUGAACCCACUGAGACUGGAGAAGGGGGGCUAUGAGGUGAAGGCUGAGGGCUACACCUACUACAUCAAUGUGUGCGGCCAGGUACAGCAUGACAAGUACUGCAACAAACCCCCUCACAAUAACGCAUCAGUCUGCCAAGUUAAGACUGACGGAACAAGCACUGUGGACAUCAAAGUGUCAGAGCCGUCCACCAAACUCCAGUUUUAUGAUGGUGUCACCAGUUUGUUGUACACCAAUGGUGAGCCGUACAACAACCCUAACAAAACUCGCAGGAUGGCCCUCAUUUCUUUUGUCUGCGACACAACUGAAGAGAUAGGUCACCCAGAAUUUUCCAUGGAAAACAAUUAUACGUAUCAGUUUAUCUGGAGGACAAGCUACGUGUGUAAAACAGCUGCCACAGAGUGUGGUGUUGUCGAUGGACAGACACAUGAACAGUAUGACCUGUCCAGCCUCUCCAAGUUACGUGGCAGCUGGGAGGUAGAAAACAGUGAAGAUCCUGACAAAAAGCAGAAGUUUUACAUUAAUGUCUGUGAAUCUCUGGACUUUACAAGUGGCCCAAGGUGUAGCCCAUAUGCAUCUGCCUGUGUUACAAGCAUCGACAAAGAUGGCAAGGAAACAUUGCUGCAUGCGAACGUUGGUAAAUUUGAGUUGCCUCCCAUGAUCGAGAAAUCCAUCCAUGGCGUGAAGCUGGUCUACACUAAUGGCAACACUUGCACAGACGACACAGGGAAAGAUAACAGAUUUAACACCACUAUACACUUCGCUUGUGUGGCUGGAAAAGUGGUUGGGGGCCCAACUUCCCCACAACUGGUCAGUCCGUGUGAGUACUCCAUCCUGUGGGAAACAGAGGCUGCAUGUCCGGUUGAUGAGGUCAAGACAAAAGACAACAACAUAUCUGCGUGUACAGUGCUUGACCCACACUCAGGGUUCCAGUUUAACCUUUCACCUCUGGCCAGGGACAAAGGCUACAGUGUGAAGGCUCCAGAUGGCUCUAAAUCUUACCUGGUGAACUUGUGCGACAGCCUACCUGAGACUGCGUGUGGGAUGUUUGAUAAUAAAUUCCAUACAGCUGUUUGUGAAAUCCAACUUGCUGGUAAUAGAACAGUAGCCAAGUUCAGUACAGAUCUGACAUAUUCUAGUGAUGGGGAGAUCACUCUCACUUACACUGGACAUUUUAACAAGAGCAAUUACAAGAAGUACGAGUUUAAAUUUAUCUGCGACAGAAAAGCUCAGGAGGCCACAGUUUCAUUCCAUGAGCAGCAAGGCCUGUACACAACCUUCACCAUCAGCACUGCCCUGGCCUGUGCCCCCCAGCCAGUCAGCUGUACUGUACAGGAUGCCAAUGGGAGGCAAUACGACUUAACUCCCCUGGCCAGGGAAACUGGAAACUAUGUCGUCAUAGACACCAGACCCAACCACGAUGACCUCCAGUACCACAUCAAUGUGUGUCGGCCGGUCAACCCCACACCUGAGAUGACAUGCCCAGGUGGGUCAGUGGGAGCUUGUCAGACCAGCAAGACGAAGGCUGGCAGCUUCAGCCUGGGCUAUGUCCAGUCUGAGCCAGUGGUCUCCAGCACCAGUGAAGCCAUCACGCUUCGUUAUGAGGGCGGGCAGAAGUGUCACACUGGCACAGACAACGAGGCGUAUCGUUCAACCAGGAUCCACUUCUACUGCGACCCUGUAGAGCACAACCCUGUGUUUGAAGCAGAGAGUGACACCUGUGAAUAUUCUUUUAUCUGGAAAACUCCAAGUGCUUGUCCCCAACAGCUUGCCCUAGGGUCUGACUGUAAGGUGACUGACUCCCUCUACAACUACGAGUUUGAUCUGAACCCCCUGCGUAAGGUGUCAGGGAACUACAUUGUGCAGACAGAUCAGUACAGCUUCCACAUCAACCUGUGUGGCCCUCUGGUGGGCGCUGAUGACAUCUGUAAAUCUUCACAGGCGGCUGCUUGUCAGACUGGCUCAACAUUGCCUGCACCAAAACUGUUGGGUGUUGCCAACAGCCAACCUAGGUAUGAAAGUGGCCAGAUUUCUGUCAUCUACACUGAUGGAGCUGGCAACUGCCAUGGCAAGUACAACAGAUCCACCACGAUACAGUUUAUCUGUGACCACGGCCAAACUGGCGCUGAUGGGCCCCAGUACCUGGAGGAGAACUCUGUCUGCUCUUACAGGUUUGAGUGGCGCACCAAAGUUGCCUGCCCCCCACACCAGGUGAUACAGUGCACCUAUCAGCAGGGCCAGGACACGUAUGACCUGUCCAGGUUGUCCUUGGCCAGUGAUAAUUACAUGAGAGAGUACAAAGAUUCCAACAAGAUUUAUAUCAUCAACGUAUGUCGUUCUCUGGUGCACAAAAAAGAUCAAACUUGCCCGUUUAAUGCUGCUGCGUGUAUGAUAGACUUAUCAGAGUCUGAUCCUAAGAAAAGAUACCACAGUAUAGGGGAGGUAACCAACCAGUCUUUCUCCCUGGAUCAUGAAACCUUAAUCCUGAGGUAUGACAACGGGGAAUUGUGCGGCAAAGGAAGAAGGUCCACAUCCAUCUUGUUCAAGUGUAAUGAGAAUACUGAUGGGCUAGGUGUACCCAGCAACCAUUUUGAAGUGAACGGGUGUGAGGAUAACUUUGUCUGGGAGUCGAGCGCAGCCUGUCCACUCAAGAAGCUGGCAGAAGACAACAGCACUCAGGGCUUUGGGGACUGUAGGGCUACCAAUCCUAACACAGGCUAUGUGUUUGAUCUGAGCAGUUUAAAAUCAACUGCUGGCUAUUCAACCACUGACAGAGAGGGUCAUGAGCUGAAACUGAAUGUGUGUGGUUGGUUGAACAACAGUCCAUGCAUCAAUGGCACAGGUGUUUGUUUAAUUGACCAAACCUUGGCCAGAACAUCGGUCAGUGCUGGCGUUGCAAAUGGUCGGCUGCUGUAUAGAGAUGUGGGGCUUACCUUGGUGUAUGGAAGUGGUGACCUCUGCUCAUCCAAGGUGCCAAGGAUGACCUACAUCAGCUUUAUUUGUAAUCCUGAUGCAGGCAAGGGCGUGCCAGUCUUCGUAGACAAGUCAGAUGAUUGCAUCUUUCACCUGGACUGGCACACCAACCUGGUUUGUGAAACUGAGGUGAAAUGUGAGGUGACCACUGACACUGGCUACACACUGGACUUCUCCUCGCUGAUCCUCAAAACUGGUCAGUACAGUGUCAUUCCUGAUGAUGUGGGGAGCCACUACCCCUCAGGGUUAAUCUACAUCAACCUGUGCCGACCUUUGAACCCAAUCUUUGGGACACUGUGCCCCCCAGGGUCAGGGGCAUGUCUGGACAGAUCCAACAACCCCCCACUGAGUCUGGGUCGAGUUAGCCAAGGGCCAGUAUACGAUAAGGCCACCAAGGAAGUGAAGCUGACCUACACCAAUGGAGAUGAGUGUCCUUUUGAUAGCAAGUACAAUGCCAGCUCCCUCAUCAUUCUCAAGUGUGGAUCAUCUCCUGACCUGGCUCCAGAACUUGAAGAAGUCUCCAGCAGCUGCCAGUACCUGUUCAUGUGGAAGACACCCCUGGCCUGCGCUGAUCUGACAUCCCAGAAACUGGGACCAGAUUGUUCGUACACCGACCACAAAACCAGGACUAAAUACAGCCUGUCAUCUCUGCAUGACACGUACACUGUCCAGUCAUCUCACGGCGGUACAUUCAGCAUUAAACCUUGUGGUCAGUUGGAGGAGAAGGGUGAGCAGGGGGAAGCCUCGUGUGCCCAGUCAGCUGUUUGUCUGAGAGGUACAGCUGUUAGAGAUGGGUCCUAUGGAGAUUCUUCACUGGGGCUCUUUCAGAAAGAUGACAGCUAUGUAGGACUCAGCUUCUCGGGAGGACGAAAAUGUCCUUCAGGGUCCAAAGCAUCAUCUGCAAUUUUUUUCCAGUGUGAUAGAACGGCAGGCAGUGGUCAGCCCAAGUUAUUCAAAGAUGACACUGACUGCCAAGCCACAUUUUUAUGGUUGACUGACCUAGUGUGUCCAGCAGAGAAGAAAGAGUGCCACAUCGCUUCCAGGGGUCAGCUGUAUGACUUCACAUUUUUAUCUCAGGACAAGAGCAGCUGGAGCUUUACUGACCACUCAAACACAAAGUACUGGUUAAACUUGUGUCAGCCACUGCAUGGAGAAGCCAUAGUUGCUGGUUGUCCUAGCAACGCUGCUGUUUGCCGCAAGACAUCCGACGGAAAAGUGGAGAUGAUGGGUCAACUAGACACUCAGCUGAUUUCAGUUGAUGGCCAGAUCUCCAACACGUCCAUAGUCUUUAAGUACAGCAACGGGAACACCAACUUGUGCAGCUCCGGGGGCAGAAGACGGAGUGACAUGACCCCCACCGUCAGCGUCAAGUUGAUCUGUGGAAGUGUCCUAGGUUCACCAAUCUUCAACCAGUACAGCCCAGAGACGUGUAACUUUGAGAUAGUGUGGAAAACAAGGCUGGCAUGUGCUGUAGACUUAAAAAAGUUGCGAGUCUUUGAAGAGAAUGGUCUAGUGUAUGACGUCAGGACUGGCCAAAGCUUUGACCUCAAGCCUUUACUUGCAGCUAACAAUGUUUACAAAGUUGCCGUAGACCAGGAUAUGUACUAUGUGAAGCUAGGAGGGCCACUACGGCCUUCAGAUAUAGAGGCCAUCCAGACCAGAGCUUGCCAACUGGCUUCUGUUUGUCUCAAAACAUCUGGGACUUGGAGAAGUUUGGGCUCCUACACAAGCAUAGCUUACUACAUGGAAGAUGAGCACCUGGAGGUUGAGCUGACCUCACCUGAGGCCUGUACAGGUCGAACUAACCUGAAUAUUACAACAGUCAUCAAGUUUAACUGUGACGAGGAUGCGCUCAAGACUCAACCAGAAUUCUUGUACAAGACUGCAGAUUGUGCCUACAUCUUCAACUGGGAUACUAAUGUUGUGUGUCAAGAUGCCUUGAAAAAGGGCCCAGAUCCAAGAGCAGAUAACUCAGAUGGGGGGAAGGGAAGUAAAAUAGCCAUAGCUGUGUCUGUGUUGGUUGGUAUUGUGGUAGUCUGCCUGUUGGUGCUACUGCUCUACAAGCCUGAAAGAAGAGCCACAAUAGCGUUUAAGCUGCGCAGAGCUGUUUGUUGUGGAAAGCUUCAAGAUGCACCUAUAGUGUACUCUAGGCUAUCCAACUCAGAUGCUGCAGAGGAUCCCUUCAACCCUUUCAAUGACACGGAGGAGGAAGCUGAGAUCAACAACAGCAGUGCUCCUACGGGUGCCUCCCCCUUCCAUGAUGACAGUGACGAGGACAUGUUACUCUAAAGGCUGCAAACUUUCCCUAAGAUUUCCAUUUAUUUCCUCCUGUUGAUAGUGAUAACUCACACAUGAGGUUGUGUAGAUAGCCUCCCUUGGGUCCAGACUUGUACAUAAUUGGGUAACCUGUUUCAACUUUGACAUAUCACAGAGCCUCCAUUACAGAAUCUUGUCAGGAAAAAUCAUUUCAUUCUUUUAUUUAUUUCACUCAUGCAUAAGAGGUUAAUUCUAAACUGGCAAUAAUCUUUUGACACCUCCACAAAGCUUAUGUCAUUUUUUUUUUUUUUUUUUUUUGAAAUGUUUAUCUUAUCAAUAUGCUUGGUUGGGUUUUUUAACGCUGUGAAUCAUCACAACUCAAAACUUUAGUAGUUAAUGAAAGAACCACUUUGAUGACAAUAUGUUCAAUUUUAUUAACAAUAUUAGAUCUUGGCUAACACUCUUAGAACUUCACUAAAACAUAGAUCCAUAUCAAAUGUUUUCCUCUGAAUUAUUGGUCUACUGAGUUGUGAUAGAUUUCAAAUGGGCUUUCAGCAUUGAAUGUUUCCUUCCUCUUGAGAUACUGCCUCCUGGUUAAAUCUCAGUUUAUGUUGUUGAAGACUUCCUAUAAGAAAUAUUUAUUUCAUGUCUGUUGAAGAUUUGCUGUAAUAUAUAUUUAUUUUAUGUUUGUACAGAAAGAAAAAAAUUCCAGUUCUUGUGUUUGUGUUGAUAUUUGCUAAAACUUUGUGAACAUUAUUUAUUUUGUGUUCAUUUGUUUUGUGUAGUAGUAGUUUCUGUAAAGAAAUUCAGCAUUGUUUUUUUUAUCUGUACCCUUUGUGUCAUUAAUGUAGCUAUAUUAAUGUAUAUUUUUUACAGAAAUAAAAGCUUGAUUUUAAGAUUUAUUUUCUGAAGCAUAAUGUCCCAAUAUUCCUAGUACCCAAAUAUCAUAUUUAGUAAGUAAAACAUUGCUUGUAGAAAACUGUAGUUCAAUGGCAGACUUGCUGUUCCAGAACAUUAUAGCCAUUUAUAAUGUGAGAUUUUUUUCUAUCUAAUAAAUUGUUUGAUAAGACAAAGCAUUUACUCUCCAACCACAUGAUAAGACAAAGCAUUUACUCUCCAACCAUAUGUAUCCAAUUAUUUAUUGAGAAUCCUCUAAAUUAGGUCAACAUCAGUGUGCCUUUUUGCAUUGCUAAACUGAAGGAGAAAUUAUGAUCAAAUAAAAUAGGAAAAAUCGAAUUUUUAUUUUAACGUUAUUUUUUGUUAACAUUUUUUUUAUGUUAAAAUUGUGUUAAAAGUUAAACCAAUGAAAAAGUAUAUGAUAAUGUGCCUGUUUGCUUUUUGCUGAAUGUUGGUAUGUGCAUGGUGUCUGCUCAUGUGUGCCUGUGAAUGAAAUCUGCCUGGGAUAUGCUGAACUCUACUAUGUCUAGAAUCUGAGACCUUAAGUCUUCAGUAACAUGUUUGUUGCUAAAAUGUUGAGUUAAAUAUGACAUGCUUUAUAACUGUGAAACUUAAAGUCCAGAAUUUUUAAAGGAUCACAGUUAUAUAAACUUGGAUUGUAUAUUUUACAGAAAAUAUUCCUGAAGAUAAUUUGUUCAGAUUUGCAUAAUGUUUAAUAUUCAUGUUUUAAGUAAUAAAAUAUUUUUAAUAAAUUGUUAGCAUUAAUCAA